GUGGCACAUACGUUUUCGCAUGUAGAGAAUAUUUUUCAAAUUUUUGGACAUCUCUCUCUCUCUCUCUCUAUAGCAAUAAACAUCCUUUUUUCUCUCCUCGACCACUAACCCUAGCUUAAAAAACUAUCAACUUGCAACAUAGAGCUCAAAGGAAACAAUGGCGGAAAUCAUAGACAAGGAUGGAAGCAUGGUUCUUACGCCACAGCAAAACUCUUCACCUACUGAGAUUGGAAAUCAGCCAAAGUCACCGAAACUAGAGCAGAGUGGGACUACAACACCAAAUGCAACAGAGACAAUUCCAUUAUUUUACACCGUACCGAAAGAAUAUUUCUUGAAAAUGAUGGAAACUGAUAAGUGGAAGUCAGUCCAAUGCCCAACUGGUUCCAGUGCUCAAAAUGUGUGUGAGCUACCAUUGGCUGAGCGAAUAGAAGGAUGGAUUCUUGAGCAAAGACAGCGCAAGGAUGGAAGAUGGGAUAAGUUUUAUUACCAUGAAAAAUCAAAUAAGAUGUUUCGUUCAUUUAUUUCAAUGAUAAUCUUUGCUAAGCAUGGAGUUCUUCCAAAACGUUGGCAAAAGGAAAAAAAGGAAAAUUCAAAUGACUAUUCAACGCCUUUGCGUCUUAUUAGUAUGGUAGAAACCCCAUCAAAAAGGAAAAAGACAGCAUACCAUCCCAAUCAUUAUGGUGCAUUGAAGGAAGAUACGUACUUUUCAUAUACCCAUGAUGAAGAAAUAGCCAUGGAGUUUCUCAGAGAAGCACGAAAAAAUCUCCUUAACUCCAAUAAGGAAACAAAGGCAUCACAUGGAAAUAAAAGGGACUUUGAAGAAGGAAGUCCAAGCCAGGAAGAGGAAAGCACUGCUAGCCUUGCUGAACAGGCGACCAAUUCUGUCACUGCUGUUCCAAAUGAUGAUCUACUCGUAGAGAACCCAGUUAGUUAUAAUUUUGAUAUUUAAGAUGUGCUAAAGUGUUGUCUAAUGACUUUAAAAGACUGUGUUACCUUAGCAUGUAAACUAAUGUGGCGUCCUUGUCCUUAAAAAUGAUUGAUGGCUGUUGAUAUAUAAUGGGAUAUAAUCUAUAAUUUAUCCUUAAUUUCAGAUGUUUGGAA